UAUACUUUUUUCAACUUUCAACAAUUUUGUAAAUUAUUUGUUAUAAUCGAAAGGAAUAGUUAUGUUUACUGUAUAAAGAAAAUAAAUCAGUUUAUUCUUUUACUUUAAUUCCAAUCUGUGGUUUACUUACCUCAGUAUCUCAGAAAAUAUGAUUUAAGUAGUAUUAAAAAUCAAAUUUAAAACCUAACCUCAAAUAAAGGUAAAUGUAAAAUAAUGGAAGAAUCAUUGAAAAAUGAGUUGACAACAGACACAAAAAAGCCUCGUUACAGCAGGGAAUUUAAAAUAAAAGCUGCCACAUUUUUGGCUGGUGUGUCCGGAAUAUCGGCAAUUUUUGGAUUUGCAGCUACCUUAAAUGCCGCCAAAAAGGCGGACCCCCAAUAUUUUGGCAAAGGUUUAGAAGUUACAAAAGGUGUUUCAGAAACUGGAGCCAGUUUGGCCUUAAGAGCUCUGGCAUGGGGUACACUAUAUUCCUUCACAGGCUGUGGUAUACUAUUCUAUAGUAUAUGGAAAAUCUCCGGAGCAAACAACAUUGAGGAAUUUAGGCAAAAAGUUGGAACUAUUCUGCCAAGCAUCCCUAAAAACAAUCCUCCACAAGGAAGGACUGAAUUCUCUGGCAUGAAUGAUUUACUAGAUUAUUUACAGAAUCUAAAAAGUGCUAAAGAUAAAUAAGUCAUUGUAUAGUACAGAAAUAAAUUAUUUAAGUAGUAUUUAUUA